UGAAAAUAUGCUAGGUUGUAUCAGUGAAGCUAGAUGAAUGGACAGAUGAAGAAGUUGAUAUCUUGGCGAGUAUGGGAGGAAACGUUGCUGUAAAUAAGAAGUAUGAAGCUUGCUUGCCAGAAAAUGUCAAAAAACCAAAACCAGAUUCUUCUAUAGAGGAGCGCUUUUAUUUUAUUAGGAGAAAAUAUGAGCUGUUAGACUUUUUAAACCCCAAUGAACAUAUGUCCUGUCCUUUUCCGCCUUCUCAUAAGAAGUCACCUUCUAGCAAUUCAACUAAUAAUUCUGCCCAAGAUAAGAAACAGUAUGAAAAACAACCAACGAAACAUCGUAUUGGGCAGGCAUUUCGUAACAGCUGGGGAAGAAAAGACUCUGAACAUAAGACUCUGAAGAAGGGCAACUCAAUGCCAAUGGCAGGUAUGGUUGAAUUUGUUGGAUUAGUUAAGGUGAAUGUUGUUAGAGGAACCAACCUAGUUGUACGGGAUGUGAUGACAAGCGACCCCUACGUCAUCCUGGCAUUGGGUCACCAAUCAGUGAAGACACGUGUUAUAAAAAACAACUUAAAUCCAGUAUGGAAUGAGAGCCUGAUGCUGUCAAUUCCUGAACACAUUCCUCCUCUAAAAGUGCUGGUGUAUGACAAAGAUACAUUCACAACUGAUGAUUUUAUGGGUGAGGCUGAAAUUGACAUUCAACCUCUGGUGAGUGCUGCCAUAGCCUAUGAGAAGUCCACGAUCAAUGAGCCGGUGCAGCUUGGAAAGUGGGUAGCCAGCAAAGAAAAUACACUGGUAAAAGACGGUGUCAUCAACCUAGUAGAUGGGAAAGUAAGACAGCAAAUCACUCUCAGGCUGCAGAAUGUUGAGAGG